GCGGGUCGUGAGUGCAGAAGUUCUUCACUGGCGCGCAAACUUGAGCUACUUUUGCGCACCGCUGGUGGAGGCAAGACUGCGCCCUGCGCUUGCAGUUUGCCGAGAUUUUGCUACAGUGAUUGAUCCAAGUGUCCUGUCUUCCUUCCCUGUCGGUCUCUAGGCUCAGAAUACCGCGUGGAGGUCUCCAGACGCCCAAUUCAGCAGGCACCAGCAUGCAGUCGCCUCCAAGCCUGUGCGGACGCGCCCUAGUGGCGUUGCUUCUUGCCUGCGGCGUCGCGGGGGUCUGGGCAGAGGAGAAGGGAUUCCCACCGGCCCGGGCUACUCUGCCACUUUUGGGACUAGGAGAGAUAAUGACGCCUCCCACUAGGACCUCUUGGCCAAGAGGGUCCAAUGACAGUCUGCUAAGGUCAUCAGCACCUCCGCAGGUACCUAAAGGAGGGAGGACAGCCGGGACCAAACAACGUACUCCAUCCCCUCCCCCAUGCCAAGGAUCUACAGAGAUCAGGGACACUUUCAAGUACAUCAACACAGUGGUGUCUUGUCUAGUGUUCCUACUGGGCAUUAUUGGGAACUCCACCCUACUGAGAAUCAUUUACAAGAACAAGUGUAUGCGAAAUGGACCCAACAUCUUGAUCGCCAGUCUGGCUUUGGGAGAUUUGCUGCACAUCAUCAUUGACAUCCCCAUCAAUGUCUACAAGCUCCUCGCAGAGGACUGGCCCUUUGGAGUUGAGAUGUGCAAGCUGGUGCCUUUCAUACAGAAGGCCUCCGUGGGAAUCACUGUGCUGAGUCUGUGCGCUCUAAGCAUUGACAGAUAUCGAGCUGUUGCUUCUUGGAGUCGAAUUAAAGGAAUCGGAGUGCCGAAAUGGACAGCAGUAGAAAUUAUUUUAAUUUGGGUGGUCUCUGUGGUUCUGGCUGUCCCUGAAGCCAUGAGUUUUGAUAUGAUUACAAUUGAGUACAAAGGAAGUUAUCUGCGAAUCUGCUUGCUUCACCCCAAUCAGAAAACAGCCUUCAUGCAGUUUUAUAAGACAGCUAAAGAUUGGUGGCUAUUCAGUUUCUAUUUUUGCUUGCCAUUGGCCAUUACUGCAUUUUUUUAUACCCUGAUGACCUGUGAAAUGCUGAGAAAGAAGAGUGGCAUGCAAAUUGCUUUAAAUGAUCACUUAAAGCAGAGACGGGAAGUGGCCAAAACAGUCUUUUGCCUGGUCCUGGUCUUUGCCCUGUGUUGGCUUCCCCUUCAUCUCAGCAGGAUUUUGAAACACACUCUUUAUGAUCAGAAUGACCCCAAUAGAUGUGAGCUUUUGAGCUUUUUGUUAGUGUUGGACUACAUCGGCAUCAACAUGGCUUCCCUGAAUUCCUGUAUUAAUCCAAUAGCUCUGUACUUGGUGAGCAAAAGAUUCAAAAACUGCUUUAAGUCAUGCUUAUGCUGCUGGUGCCAGACAUUUGAAGAAAAACAGUCCUUGGAGGAAAAACAGUCCUGCUUAAAGUUCAAAGCUAAUGACCAUGGAUAUGACAACUUCCGUUCCAGUAAUAAAUAUAGCUCAUCUUGAAAGGAG